AUGGGAGGAAGGGACAAUCUACAGAUCACUGUCACCCCAACCCCGGAGUCAUUUCCUCAUGGGAAAUUGUUACCGAUUUCACCAACAUGGCCUUUGUCCGAAGUCCAGUCUUCCUCAGCGGUGGACAGAAUGAAGCCAGUGCUGGGACGGUCCCCUGACAACACGAGCUGGCCGCAGUCUGCCCAGACGCCUCUGCCCAAGACACACCUCCCAGCUCGGGCCCACGGGGACUUCUCUCCUUCCCCUUACCAAGGCAGUGGACAUAGCGCCUCCCUCGAGCCUUCCAAGGAUUCUCCUGAGGCCCUGGUCCAACCAAGACCUCCAGGGGGAAAAGAAGCAGCCGCCGUGUCAGUGGCCUCCUCGGUGUCGCCCAAGGCACAACCAACAGCAGCAACCAUGUUGUUUCUUCGGAAAUCAAGUCCACUGGUGCUGUCUGCAGCCCUGGUUGCUAAGGGCACCGGCAGCAGCCCUUCGGCCGUGGCCUCGGGAUUAGUCAAGAGCAGCUGGACCACUGCUGUAGCUAAAAACGUCACAAGCAACGCAGCAUCUGGCCCAAAGGCGACACCAGGGGCAGCCCAUCCAGACUUCUCGUUCAUGCCGACCUACAUGUUUGCAAGAACAGCACACACCAUGAGCACUCCCACAGCCACGCAAGGGAACACGGGCACUGCCUCUGGCCUGUUGUCCACAACACACCUCCCCAGGAAACCACAAGCCAUGUACACGGGCUUCCUGAACCCCACCAACCCAGACAUGCCCAAGGUGUCCACCGCACGCCCGCUGACAAUCACGGCAGCCUUGACGUCCAUCACUGCACCAAUAAGGGCCACCCGGAUGCCGCCUUUGUCAGCAGAAAACACAGACGCUGCUCUUCCUGCUGUGUCCACGGCCAUGGUCGCAACUGGCAAAAUGGCAUCCAACCUGGAGUGUCAGAUGUCCAGUAAGCUCUUGGUGAAGACAGUUCUCUUUCUGACCCAAAGGAGGGUGCAGAUCAGUGAAACCUUGAAGCUUAAUGUAGCCAGAGGGCUCACACAGGCAUUGCGGAAGGCAUUCCACCAGAAUGACGUCUUGGCUCAUGUGGACAUUCUGGAACAUUCUCACAACAUCACUGUUGGUUAUUAUGCUACCAAAGGGAGGCUGGUCUACUUGCCUGCUGCAGUGAUUGAAACGCUGGGCGUUUAUGGCAUCAGCAAUGUCACUGCAGAUCUGAAGCAACACACCCCAACCUUGCAGUCUGUGGCAGUACUUGCGUCCCCGUGGACUCCCCAGCCUGCAGGCUACUUGCAGCUGAAAACAGUGCUACAGUUUGUGAGCCAGUCCGACAACAUACAGUCCUGCAAGUUUGCUCAGACGAUGGAACAGAGACUACAGAGGGCCUUCCAGGAUGCCGAGAGGAAAGUUCUGAAUACUAAAAGCAACCUGACGAUUCAGAUGGUGAGCACGUCCAACGCCUCCCAGACAGUCACCUUGGUGUACGUGGUGGGCAAUCGAAGCUCCUUCCUCAACGGCACCGUGGCCAGCAGCCUCCUCCGCCAGCUCUCCGCUGAGCUGGUGGGGUUCUACCUCACCUACCCGCCGCUCACCAUCGCCGAACCGCUGGAAUACCCCAACCUUGAUAUAUCAGAAACAACCAGAGACUACUGGGUAAUUACAGUGCUGCAGGGCGUGGACAGUUCUCUGGUGGGCCUGCACAACCAAAGCUUCGCCCGGGUCAUGGAGCAGCGCCUGGCCCAGCUGUUCAUGAUGUCCCAGCAACAAGGCCGGCGGUUUAAACGGGCCACCACCCUGGGAAGCUACACCGUGCAGAUGGUAAAGAUGCAGCGGGUGCCAGGACCCAAGGACCCCGCGGAGCUGACUUACUACACCCUGUACAAUGGGAAGCCUUUGCUGGGGACUGCAGCUGCCAAGAUCCUGAGCACCAUUGACUCCCAAAGGAUGGCCUUGACCCUGCAUCACGUUGUCCUUCUGCAAGCUGACCCCGUGGUGAAGAACCCGCCCAACAACCUGUGGAUCAUCGCCGCGGUGCUGGCGCCCAUUGCCGUGGUCACGGUCAUCAUUAUCAUCAUCACUGCCGUGCUCUGCCGGAAGAACAAGAACGACUUCAAGCCGGACACCGUGAUGAACCUGCCACAGAGAGCAAAGCCUGUGCAGGGCUUUGAUUAUGCCAAGCAGCACCUGGGCCAGCAAGGGGCGGACGAAGAGGUCAUCCCCGUGACUCAGGAAACGGUGGUCCUCCCACUGCCCGUUAGAGAUGCUCUUGCCUCUCAGGAAAGGGAAGCCCCUCAGGAUGGAAGCACUAUCAAGACGGCCAAAUCCAUCGAAACCAGAAAGAGCAGGUCGCCCAGUGAGAAUGGCUCUGUCAUCAGCAACGAAUCAGGGAAGCCCAGCUCGGGGAGGCGCUCACCCCAGAAUGUAAUGGCACAGCAGAAAGUGACAAAGGAGGAGGCAUGGAAGAGAAAUGUGCCGGCGAGUGAUGAAGAGGAGGGAGCGGUCCUCUUUGACAGCUCUGGCAAGGCGGUUGCUGAUCCCUUUGACACGUCUUCUGGGUCUGUGCAGCUCAUCGGAAUAAAACCCACAGCCCUCCCCGUGGUGCACCCCACCUCGGACAGGAGCCAGGAGCCGGUCGUCCUCAACGGCGAGGUGAACAAAGCCCUGAAGCAGAAGUCAGACAUCGAGCAUUAUCGGAACAAGCUGCGCCUCAAAGCCAAGAGGAAGGGAUACUACGACUUCCCUCCGGUGGAGGCGAGCAAGGCUCAGAUGGAAAGAAAGAAGAUGUAUGAAAAAGCCCCAAAGGACAUCGAGCACGUUUUGGAUCCAGACCCAGAAACGUGUGCCCCAUUCACUGAGGCUAAAAACAGGCAACAGAUGAAGAACUCUGUCUACCGGAGUCGGCAAUCUCUGAACAGCCCGAGUCCGGGGGAAACGGAGAUGGACCUUCUGGUGACUCGGGAGCGACCUCGGCGUGGAAUCCGUAACAGCGGAUACGAUACUGAGCCUGAAAUCAUAGAGGAAACCAAUAUCGACAGAGUGAAUGAGCCCCGGGGCUACGCCCGGUCGAGGCAGGUGAAAGGCCACUCGGAGACCUCCACGCUGAGCUCGCAGCCCUCCAUCGACGAGGUCCGGCAACAGAUGCACAUGCUGCUGGAGGAGGCCUUCAGCCUGGCAUCCGCAGGACACGCAGGCCAGAGCCGGCACCCAGAGGCCUAUGGCUCCACCCAGCACCUACCCUACUCCGAGGUGGUGACCAGCGCUCCUGGGACCAUGACGCGGCCCCGGGCUGGAGUGCAGUGGGUGCCGACCUACCGCCCAGAAAUGUACCAGUACAGUCUGCCCCGGCCGGCCUACAGGUUUUCCCAGCUUCCUGAAAUGGUCAUGGGCUCUCCCCCUCCACCUGUGCCUCCGCGGACUGGCCCAGUGGCUGUCGCUUCUCUCAGGCGGUCCACCUCGGACGUUGGGAGCAAGACCAGGAUGGCCGAGUCCGCGGGGCCUGAGCCCGCCCAGCUGUACGACAGCGCCUCCUUCGCGCAGGUGUCCCGAGGCCCUGUGUCUGUGACGCAGUUGGAUCAGUCGGCUUUAAAUUACUCAGGUAAUACGGUGCCAGCAGUGUUCGCCAUCCCAGCUGCCAACAGACCCGGCUUCACCGGCUACUUCAUCCCGACGCCUCCCUCGUCCUACAGGAGCCAGGCCUGGAUGUCUUACGCAGGAGAGAAUGAGCUCCCAAGCCAGUGGGCUGAUUCGGUCCCCCUCCCGGGGUACAUCGAGGCUUACCCCCGGUCCCGGUAUCAGCAGAACUCGCCCUCCAGGCUCCCUCGCCAGUACAGCCAGCCAGCCGGGCUGCACCCCAGCUUGGAGCAGGCCCCGGUGCCCUCCGCAGCAGCCUCACAGCAGAGCCUGGCGGAGAACGACCCAUCCGACACGCCCCUGACCAACAUCUCCACAGCGGCCCUGGUGAAGGCCAUCCGGGAAGAGGUGGCCAAACUGGCCAAGAAGCAGACGGACAUGUUUGAGUUCCAGGUCUAAUGCCUUCGCCCACUUCCAGACUCUGAGGAAACAGUCUUUGGGUUUCUCCAGCCUGGCUUGAUGGGUCUGGAGGCACAGACGAUGUGGGAGUCUUUCUCACCCUCAGUUUCUAAAAAAGGUGAACAGUGGGGCUUCUGGGGAACAGGAAACUCUUGAACAACUGGAUGCUUGGCUUAUUCAACUGAUUGUAUGUCAACAAGUCCCCAUGUGGGACCAUAUGUUUGAUACUCUGUUACAUUAACUGUUUGAACUGCGGGUGUAUUUCCCUACGGAGCCUUAGUCACGAGAGAUGCUCGCUAAUCUGCAGAUUCCUGUCCAAUGACAUAUUUUAAUAAAUCACCAGAAUGGGGAGAGCAUAGCUCUAUCUUCGGUGACCUCUGCAUGUUAACUCUAUUUCUGUGUUAAAGGCAAUGCAGGCGUGUGAUGAAGUCCCAGACUGUACUCUCUCUCAUUCAACCAUGACUGUAAUCGUUGCAAUCACCUCCCGUCUCCAAGGGAGACACUGACUCCAGCCAAGAAAGCUGAGUCCUUUUCUUUUAAAGGUUCAUAUUCAAAGUCAAAUAAAUUGGAUGAAAAUCAGUACUGUCAAUGACUGCACCUAUGAAUAGUCCUGACUCUUUUCCCUCCGCAAUUAAUUCAACCAAGGCCAAGAAAGAGAGAAGAUGAGAGGGAAUGGUGGAUUUGUGUUGACAGGUUUUUGAAAAGGUGUUGUCAUUUUGGAAAUAGAGUAUUCUGCAAGUUGGGCUCUGGCUGGAAGAGAAUCGGUGCUAAGAGCUUUUAAGGUCCUACAAAAGAAAAACAGGUUUUCUUUGCCCUGCAAUGAAGGUGGCCUGAGAACGAAGCUUCUCUGUUUUGGGGGACGAUAGAUACAUCGACUUUUACAAGGAAACCUCUGUCUCUUCAGCAAUGAUGUCCAGCAUGUGCUGCCCAGUGAUACAAAAAGAAAUAGUCAUUGAUGCCUGUUAGAAGCAGGAACAGUGGACCCAGUCUCCCCAGGCUGCAGCCUCUGUUUAUAGAAGCUUCUGAACGCAGAAAAUCUGUUGAUUUACAUUUAAAUGUAAAUAACCUUUUUAAAGGUGUAUGGAGUUAGCCAGUCCCCUCCCGCACUCCUUCCCAUAGUUAGUUAAUAGACAUAGGAGGACAUUUGCCAAAAUGGCAGGCUUCUGACCUCAUGACCAUGAUGUUGCAAAUCAGCCUCCCUGGCAUGGCAGGUGAGCCUCCAGAGCUCUGGGUGGACAAUGCCUCACAGCCCUAAGGCACCAGCUGCUGACUGUCAGUGCAAGAGCAAAACAGCUACUGACUUCAGGUAGCCCAGGGGAGGGGACACCCUGGUCCCCUCACCAACUUUGGGAGCUAUGCUCAAUGUCGGGGGCUUACUCGGUGUCUGUUGGAGAGUGAGGUCCUGUCCUGCCUUCUCACCCAUGAUCCAUCUAGCUUCAGCUUGUAUCCAUCCCCUCUGAGUCCAUCUUUCCAUUCUCCUCAUGAGUUUCUUUGGUCUUUAUUGAGAGAAGAAGGUGGAAAUUUUAAAAUUGAGAGAAGAGUAGGAGUGGAAUUGAUUAGAGUGGGAGAGUCAAACUGUCAAAGCACAGACUUUUCAAAGAAGCUGUUUUUAUUUCCCAAUGGCAAAUUGCCCUUUCUGGAAUGUUCUGGAGAUGAUGUAUCAUGGAAUCCCCAAACGAGUCUCUUGUUCUGAUGAUAUUAGGUAGUGUCCUUUUGGUAUGCUGGUUGAUCUUUCAUAGUGUUAGUUUUUUGUUACUUAAAAAAAAUCAGCUAUAAAUAAAAUGUAUUUUUGUAAUUUCCAUGUGUAUAUAUGGUAUAUUUCUACCAAUGGACGCUUGUUGUAGUCCAAAACCUAAAUCAGUUUGCAAAACACUGUGGACAGUGCAAGAUUUUACUGACAGAUUAACACAAUGCCUAAGUCUAUCCAAAUAGGUAUUCUGUGCACUUGAAUGAACAAAGAGCCAAAGAAACUCAGCCUUUUCAUGCAAAUGGUAUGAGUCUGAUAAAGUCAGCUACAUUGUCCCGCCUUAUCAAUGAUAUGAAUAUUUCAUCAGUGCAGUGAUAUCAACCCGGUACUUUGUCUACUUGGUAAAUGCCUGGAAAUACUGUAUGUGAAAAUGAAGUUCCAACACCUUAGUGUAAUUUAAGUAUAGGCACAUGCUUUCAAGACAGUGUCUGUGUUUUGGAUGUACCAGUGACUCACAGAAGAGGAGCCCACAGUGUGCGGUGGUCUGGCUCCAGCUGGCUAAAAGGAUGCAGAAAAAUCAUGGUGAGCUGUGUAGAACCCCGUGAAAUGCUGAGUCAGUCAAUGGAGAUGGCUAAAAAUACAGCAUGCUAAAUCAGACACUCUUUUAAACGAGAUACCGCAGGUUUAAGAGCAGUAUAUGUGAGGAAAACCUUAAGUUGAGAAGAAAUCAAAUCUGUUUGUGUUGUCCCACCAAUGCGAGAUGGCCGCCAUUGUUUGAUAUUCUGUGACUAAGAUGUGGUCCCUUUUCUGAAGAGUCUCCUGACCUCAUGGAGGUUAUGGAUACCUGGACAGCUGACUCUGAGAAAAGGCAGGUGGUCAAAAGUGCCCUGUGGAAGUCAAUACAGAGUUCCAUGCAAACCCAGAGGCUCUGUGUUCCUCAUGACCCUCCAGACAGUUGAAGAAGCCACAGAAGACAUUGGUGACCUCAGAGAAGGAAGCUACAGUCCGAAGAAGUGGAGUGACCUGCCCGAGGCCUUCAGCCCAAGCCCACUGACUCAUGAUCGGGCUUGCUUUCCAUUUCACCAUGCUGCCUGCACGCUUGCCUGCGACACGUUUCUUGAACUGUGCUAGGAAGUUCAAAAAGUAGACAAGGGUCAUAUGAGGGACUAUCUACAUUCUUGUGAAGAAAAAAGAUAAUUGAAUAUGUAAAGAACUUCAGAUAAAGUGUAUGAGGACAAUGCAUUUGUGGCAUAAUAAACUUUUUUUGGAACUAGUUUCAACGUGAGUUUUCUGCAUUCAUGAAAAGAAGGCAUUUUGGCUUUUUCCAGAGAGCACCAUCAAGGAAAUGGUGUUCUCUACUGCUGUUCAAGACUUCAGGGGUGUGUUCUUCUCUCAGCGCCAUGGGUCCAAACAGGCAGGUGGGGAGACCACAGCAGCUUGUCACUGAGAGGUAGCCGAUUCUGCACUUUGCACUAGGGGAGGCUAUCCCGUGGUACAGGAACGUAAAAGUCUAUUGCGUGCCCUGGUACCUACCAUCCGAGAUGCAUUGGUACCUGCGGAAUAGGAACUUGCCUCUUUCAGGGUGUGCUAUGGACUGAAUGUGUCCUCCGCAAUUUCUAUGCUGAAAUCCUAACCCCCAAUGUGAUGGUAUUAGGAGGUGGGGCCUUGGGAAGUGCUUAGCUAGUGAGGGGAGCCCUCGUGAAUGGGAUUAAUGCCCUUAUAAAAGGGACCCCAGAAAGCUCUCUUGCCCUCUUUUCUGCCACAUGAGGAUAAAAUAAGGAGUCGAUAGUCUGCAACCCAGAAGAGGGUUCUCACCAGGACCUGACCGUGCUGGCACCCUGAUCUCGGACUUCCAUCCUCCAGAACUGUGAGAACGAAAUGUCUGUUGUUUGUAAGCCACCCAGGCUAUGGUUCUCUGUUAUGGCAGCCUGAGCUGAUGAAUGACUAAGGGUGGAUCAUGUAGGAAUCAGUUCUCUGGUACCAGAAGAAGUUAUAUUGUGCAUGUGCUAAUUUAAGAAUUCAGCAGAAGGGCAUGUAAUUUCUGAGCAUUCUUGAUGGAAGAAUGGGUAGGAUAUUGUUAGAUUUGUGAUAUAAAAAAAGAAAAGACUUCUGAGAGUACGGAUGGAGGAGGAGAAAGAUUUAAAUACCUGACUAAAAUAAGUGCUUCUCUAACAGGCAGAAAUUAACAAAAUAGAUCAAAAGAUUUAAAUACCGAUUACCAAAAAAUAAGCUUCUUUUUUCUACGUAACACACAGGAACUCAUUGUUUAAUGAAAAAAAAUAACAUAUUAUUUUAAAGUUUGAGAACAGAAUUUAAAUGUAAUCCACUCCUAUUACACAUCAGAAAGUAGUUUGGACUUUUCUAACAACAUACAGCCAAAUACGCUUAGGGAAAGAUAGUAAUUUAGCAGUGACUGACUUGGGUCCAAGUAUUAGAAAUUAAAUGCGGCCAUUUAGUCCAAUCUUGAAGAUAUUCUAGUCAAGGACCUUUGUGAGGACCAGAAACCCAUUCACACUUGCUCAAAUGUAGAGACUGAGCAAAUACAGGCAGACCUCAGAAAUAUUGUGGGUUUGGUUCUAGACCGCCACAAUAAAGCAAAUACCACAAUAAUGUGAGUCACAUUAAUUUUGGGGUUCCCAGUGCAUAUAAAAGUUAUAUUUACACUAUACUGUAGUCUAUUAAAUGUGAAAUAGCAUUACGUCUAAAAAAAUACAUACCUUAAUUUAAAAACACUUUAUCGGUAAAAAAUGCUAACCAUCAUCUGAGCCUUCAGCGAGUUGUAAUCUUUUCGCUGGUGGAGGGUCUUGCUUCAGUGUUAAUGGCUGCUGACUGAUCAGGAUGGUGGUUGCUGAACGUUGGCAUGGCUGUGGCAACUUCUUAAAAUAAGGCAACGAUGAAGUUUGCUGCAUUGAUUGACUCUUCCUUUCAUGAACGAUUUCUCUAUAGCUGCAGUGCUGUUUGAUAGCAUUUUGACCACAUUAGAACUUCUUUCAAAAUUGAGUCAAUCUUCUCAAAACGCUGCUGCUGCUUUAUCAUCUAAGUCAUAUUCUGAAUCCUUUGUUGUCCUUUCAACAACAGCCUUCACAGCAUAUUCACCAGGAGUAGAUUCCAUCUCAAGAAACCAUUUUCUUUGCUCAUCCAUGAGAAGCAACUCCUCAUCCGUUACAGUUUUAUCAUGAGAUUGCAGCAAUUCAGUCACAUCUUCAGGCUCCACUUUUAGUUCUCUUGCUGUUCCCACCACAGCUGCAGUUACUUCCUCCGCUGAAGUCAUCCAUGAGAAUUGGAAUCAACUUCUUCUAAACUCCUGUUAUGUUGAUAUUUUGACCUCUUCCUACGAAUCACAAGUGUUCUUAAUGGUAUCUAGAACAGUGAAUCCUUUUCAGAACGUUUUCCAUUGACUUUGCCCACAUCCAUCAGAGGAAUCACUAUCUAUGAAGCCUUACAAAAUGUAUUUCUUAAAUAAUAAGACAAAGUCAAAAGUACUCCUUGAUCCAUGGGCUGCAGAAUGGAUGUGUUAGCAGGCAUGAAAACAACAUGGAUCUCAUUGUACAUCCCCGUCAGAGCUCUUGGUUGACCAGGUGCAUUGUCAAUGAGCAGUACUAUUUAAAAAAAAAUCUUUUCUGAGCAGUAAUCUCAACAGUGGGUUAAAAAUAUUCAUUAAACCAUGUUGUCAAACAGAUGUGCUGUCAUCUGGGCUUUCUUGUUCCAUUUAUAGAGCACAGGCAGAGUAGAUUUAGCAUAAUUCUUAAGGGCCCUAGGGUUCUUGGAAUGGUAGAUGACCAUUGGCUUCAACUUUAAGUCACCAGCUGCAUUAGCCUCUAACCAGAGAGUCAGCCAAUCCUUUGAAGCUUUGAAGCCAGGCAUUGGCUUCUCCUCGCUGGCUAUGAAAGUCCUGGAUGGCAUCCCCUUCUAAUAUAAGGCUGUUUUGUUGUAUGGCUGUUAGCAUAACUGAUGCCAUCUUGGAUGCUUAGUUUCUCCUGUCCUUUUACUGACCUCACCCAGGACUGUACUGUGCAGUGAAUCACUUCUCUGUCAUCAAAGGCUUGCUAGUUAUAGAUACUGUUUCAUAAUCAUUAGGACCAGGUCGCCUCUAUGCUCUCUAGUCCCCCCAAAUGAUGAAAACCUUCCCUAAUGUAAUCCCGGUGCCCAUGAGACUAGUUACCCAUCAUAAAUCUUGACUUAGGAAUGCACGUCCUGUUUCCAAGCACAUACCUCCAUAUUCUAGGUUAGCUAUAAAAUUGUCCCAAUGGCCCCUCGGCAGUGCAGGAUGCUUCUGGAUCAUUGUGCACCUGAUCCCACCCUGUGAGUAAAUUACCCUAUAAUAAACUGAUCCAUUGAUUA